AUGCACAACUCCAAAGAAGAUCUUGAUCGAUUCUACUCGAAUUCUAGAAGGACGUCUAGCAUCACUCUCCCUCCGCACGGCAUUAUCCCGGCGGUGUACAGCAUUGAAACUGGCUACGAUCCCGAGUGCCCACAAGAACCGAGUGGAAUUCAUAAAUCUGUAAAAAUUAUUUUCGUACUGCUUAUUUUAACCGUUCUUCUUGUCGGAUUCGUCUUUGCCGUGCUUUCAGUGACUCGGCUGACGAAACAUUAA